AUGGCCGGGCUUCAGCCCGAUAUCUAUGCAGCACUCAGCAUUACCUGGGUCGCAGCUUUUCUGGCCCUUGUAAUGCGAAUCAAAGCCCGGAGGAUGAUGAAGACGAAACUAUGGAUCGAUGAUUAUUUUGCCAUUGUCGCCUUGUUUUUCAUCACGAGUUAUUGUUCAGUGAUUAUUUACUGGACCCAUAGCUUUAAGCUCGGACUGUCACUCAGUACAAUAUCAGACCCGAUCGAAGCCAGCCGCAUCCAGGACCGAUCACGACUCCUACUAUGGAUCUGUGAACUCCUCUAUGCCUCAUCAAUUGCCUUUUGCAAACUAGCUAUUCUAUGCUUUUACUGGCGGGUGUUUCAGUAUACGUCAAUCCGAUAUGCCAUCAUAGGCCUGCUCGUCGCUGUGACCAUCUGGAUUAUUCUUCGAACGUUUUUCGUUAUAUUCCACUGUGUUCCAGUUCAGGCAUAUUGGGAUAAAAGUAUACAAGGCGCGAAAUGUCCCUUCAAUGAAGCAAACUUCUUCUUUGCUACGAUUCUCGUACACACGACAAUGGAUUGUAUCAUCUUGAUUUUGCCAGUCAUCGAAGUCAUGAAGAUGACUCUGCCAUUGUCACAAAAGUUAGCUGUGAUUGGUCUUUUCACCUCUGGAACUAUGUACGUUGACUUAACUCAUAUGAUGGAACUGUUACUUACUCCUGAGAAGAGUCUGCGUUGCGUCGAUAUUUGUGUUGGUCCAUUCAAAGUUAUACAAUCCCCGAACCGACGAUAUUCCCAGAGACAUGGCGGCGAAUAUGAUGUGGUCUACUGUGGAAACUAA